AUGGUCUACCUCAACAAUGGGAAGAUCUGGGUCAUCCUCAUCUUCCCUUUGAGGAUCUGGGCAGCCAUGCGGUUUGAGAUCGUGAAGCUCCGCCUUGAAACCCCUGUCUUUUACAGCGGGCCACCCCGUCUGUCUUUCUUUUCGCACAUCAUGGCGGACCGGUUCAAUAAGGUUCUGCUGCUUGAUGGCAGAGGACAUCUGCUUGGUCGUCUUGCUGCCAUUGUGGCAAAGCAAGUUCUGCUAGGUCACAAGGUGGUUGUCGUGAGAUGUGAGGGUAUUAACAUCUCUGGAAACUUCUACCGUAACAAAUUGAAGUACCUUGCUUUCCUUCGUAAGAGGAUGAACACCAACCCCUCUCGUGGACCAUACCACUUCAGGGCUCCCAGCAGAAUUUUCUGGAGGACUGUAAGGGGUAUGCUCCCUCACAAAACCAAGAGAGGCCAGGCUGCACUGGAAAGACUGAAGGUGUUCGAUGGGAUCCCCCCUCCUUAUGACAAGAGGAAGCGCAUGGUUGUACCUGCUGCCCUGAAGAUUGUGCGCCUGAAGCCCACUCGCAAGUUUGCCCUUCUUGGACGGCUUGCCCAUGAGGUUGGCUGGAAGUACCAGGCUAUCACAGCCACUUUAGAGGAGAAGAGGAAAGGGAAGGCUAACAUCCGGUAUGGCAAGCAAAAGACGGAGAUCAAGCUGUCUAAACUGGCAGAGAAGAACGUGGAGAGCAAGAUCUCAAAGUACACUGCUGUCCUGAAACAAUACGGUGUACUUGUCUGAGCUGGUUUUCUGUGGCCAAUAAAGUGAAUAAAUGUUUAUAGAAGGUU